UCAGCUAGAACGGUUGGCCCCACCCCGUCUCUUCAACGCUAUCUAUCUAAAUGUAAAAUUCUCCGAGAAAAGGGGGAAAAAUAGCAAAUAAUACAAUAGAGAAAACAAUCUAUUCGCAUUUAUUCAAGAGCAGGUCUGGCCUGCCCAUUAUAAAAUAACUGUCAUCGUUGGAUGUGCUAUUCUACACCGGGGUUUGUUCAUGUAUAUGCACAUGUACAGUAGGCUGUCUACCAUACGAUUUCAAAAGGAAUACAAUGCUAUGACUGACAGUAGGCAAGACUUGCGAGAAACAACAAAAUAACGGCGGUUUCCAUGUUUAAGUCUACGUCGGAGAAAUUACGAGAAUAUCUACUCAGUGUUCGUCUGGAAAAUUGAUGUGAGAAGAAAUACAAAUUACACCCUUAAAGAAAAAGACGGAGAAGGCCCUUUUUGGUCUGGUCAACCCCCAAAAACAAUCCAACAUCUGCGACGAGGAAAGGAAAUAAACGUAUCGGUGUUUAAAACUGGAUUUUAUUGACAAGGUUACGAAAACGUGAUGUGACGGAUUAAACAACAUUUGGGCAAAGAAAGAAGCUUGGCAUAGCGACUAUCAUGCCGUCAUUUUAGUGGAAAUAUUUAUUUUUUAAUUUUCCAUCCACCCUCUAUCUGCCUUGCUUGUCUUGGUUUGGCGGAGGACGUAUUGCAAAAUAGAAGAUGAGAACAUAGCCUAUGUUUUGAUGGAUUUGUAAAUUAGCCGUAAAUUAGAAUUGUAGCCGUGUAACAGAUUAGGUCUUGUUGGGGAACCAUUUGCAAAAAAAUUGCGAAUCUGUGUGGAUUUUAGCUCCCACAGAACGACGUCGUGGGAACCCCGACACGAAACCAUUCAUGUACAUUGUGCGCUGAAGAAAAUUCUUAAUCACAUUCUUAUCAAUGUUGAUGACUUCAUUGCGGAUUUACAGUGAAAGCAUUAUAGCACACAGCAGUCUUAGAGGGCGGCCCGGGGUGUCGUCAUUAGCACUGUAGCUCGUCUCCCACGGAAUGACCGUAUCGAUAAUUAGCAGUAAUGUAAAAGAGUGAGGAAGCUGUUCUAUCACGUUCUCGUUGGCACCUUUGUUUUACUGGCAACUGGCAACAUAAAUGUCACCUAUCCAAAGCCAGGUGUGUUCCUCUUGGGCUAAUCUAGGGAUCUAAAAUUAUUUAUUUAUUAUAACCCCCACACACACCCCUCCCCCGAACCUUGUAUUGGGUUUUUGGGAAGAUGGGUUGUCUGGGUAGUACAAAGACCGAAGACCAGCGGAACGAGGAGAAGUCGCAGAGAGAAGCUAACAAGAAGAUAGAGAAACAGUUACAGAAAGACAAGCAGAUUUACCGAGCAACUCACCGGCUAUUAUUAUUAGGAGCUGGGGAGUCUGGGAAGAGUACGAUAGUAAAGCAGAUGAGGAUCCUGCAUGUGAACGGCUUCAACGCAGAGGAGAAAAAACAGAAGAUUCAUGACAUAAAGAACAACAUAAAAGAAGCUAUAGAGACGAUAGUAGCUGCCAUGACCACUCUAACCCCACCUGUCCACCUGGCAUGUGCAGCUCACCAGUUCAGGAUCGAAUACAUCCUCAACAUAGCCAACCAGAAGGACUUUGAGUUCACCUCGGAGUUUUAUGAGCAUGCUAAGACCCUCUGGCAGGAUGAGGGUGUGAAGGCUUGCUUCGAGAGGUCCAACGAGUACCAGCUCAUCGACUGUGCACAGUAUUUUCUAGACAAGAUCGACAUGGUGAAACAGAAUGACUACAGCCCUUCUGAUCAGGACUUGUUACGAUGCCGAGUAUUGACCUCUGGCAUCUUUGAAACCAGAUUUCAAGUGGAUAAAGUCAAUUUUCACAUGUUCGAUGUGGGAGGACAGCGGGACGAACGGCGGAAAUGGAUUCAGUGUUUCAAUGACGUCACGGCCAUCAUCUUUGUGGUGGCCAGCAGCAGCUACAACAUGGUGAUCCGAGAGGACAACCACACCAACCGCCUGCAGGAGGCGCUAAACCUCUUCAAGAACAUCUGGAACAACAGGUGGCUACGCACCAUAUCGGUGAUCCUUUUCCUCAACAAGCAGGAUCUGCUAGCAGAGAAGGUGCUGGCGGGGAAGUCGAAGAUAGAGGAAUACUUCCCAGAGUUCGCCCGCUACACCACGCCUGACGACGCAACACCAGAGCCUGGGGAAGACUCUCGUGUCACAAGAGCAAAGUACUUCAUACGAGACGAGUUCUUGAGGAUCAGCACAGCGAGUGGAGACGGGAGACAUUACUGUUACCCUCACUUCACCUGCGCCGUCGACACGGAGAACAUCCGGCGCGUCUUCAACGACUGUCGAGACAUCAUCCAGAGGAUGCAUCUCCGCCAGUACGAGCUCUUGUGAUUGGAGGAGGGAAAAAAAGACUCCCCGUGUUAAGCCAAUCGGUGACCAGUUAGCCCUCUCCUCAACCAGACAGCCAAUCAACCCAGCUCCCCUUUCAUCCCGACCAGAAGACUCCGUUCUGAGGACACUGUUG